AUGUGUAACGAUUCUGGGAAAAUUAGCGGUGAUGUUCGGGAGAAAUUUCACAGAACAGUACCAUUUUUAAUAACAUCAAGUGAAGAUCUAGCAUGGGGUGUACGAAAGUCAUCAUGUGAGGUGUUCGUUGACGUCGCAAAUAACUGUACGAUGGAAACGAAAGAGCGCAAACUUGCGCCACGUUUCAUUACACUACUUCAUGACACUUCACGCUGGGUAACACAUGUUGCAUUCCAACAGCUUGGUCGCUUCAUUGCAACAUUUGCAGAUGAAAAUCGUACGGGCCUUGAAAUAAGGGAUGGCCGAUUAGUUGUUGCAAAUUCUGAUAUAGCGGAAGAUGGCAAAAGUACGCGAAAUAACAAUAGAACUAAUGGAACAGUUAUAGAAGAGGACGAAAAUGAACUAUACUGUAAGCUGCCUCCAGGUGUUGUAUUUCCGGAAUCGGAUGCAGGUGACGAGUCAAGAAAAUCUUCAAGUUCAUCAUCACCUCAGGAUCAAAGUUAUGUAUUAAAUGAAUUAACUUGCUUAUUGGAUUCAUGGGAUUCAUGGGCUUUGUCUACUGAUUCUGUUGACUCAGAGAACUUGCUUGCUCACGAUUCUAUGGAUUUGGAUAUUGCAAAUGGUGUUGCGGCAUCAUGUUCAACGCAUUCUGACUUAACAAAAUUGAUACUUGCUGAUAAUGAUGAUAGUAGUGAUGAAGAUAACAAUGAUAUUGACAAAAUCGAUGAACCAUGUCCGAUGGAUAUUGAGGACGACGAUAUAGAAAUUUGUUUUGAGGCAAAGUCAUACGGAAAAAGUACAACAACCAAUUACAAUAACAAUAAUAAAAGCAAAGAUAAGGAUGAUGUAAAGAAACUUGUAGCUGAAUUUUUUGAACGGCGUUCAGAUUUAUUUCACCAUUCAUCAAAACACAGGUUGAAUGAUGCAGAAACUGUAGUUGAUAAACACUCGGAAGAUGAUAGUUAUAUUAUGGAGGAGGAUGAUUUAGAUGAAUUAGAUGGAGUUUCGGAUGAAAUGAAUAAAGCUCCAACGAUUUUGUCAGAGAUAUGUCUAUCAGCUGAUUCUGUUGAAGAUGAUGAAAAUAAAGGGACCACAUCUUCAGCCAUCAGUAUUACAACACAGAUGGUUAUACCACAAGCUCUGCUUGACAGUUUCGUGCAUAUGGUCUCAUCGUGUGAUAAUGCAGAUAGUGAAAUAAACCGGCAGUGUGCCCAUAGUUUUCCAGCUGUUGCCUUUACCCUUGGUCGCAGUAACUGGCCUUGUAUUAUGGGUACAUAUAAGCAGUUAGCAUCAGAUAUGCAAUGGCGUGUUCGGCAGACGUUGGCAUCAUCGAUCCACGAAAUCGCAGCAAUUAUUGGAAAGGAAAAUGCAGAUAUUCAUUUAGUACCUGUAUUUGAACGAUUCAUGGAAGAUGUGGAAGAUGUGAAACUUGGGUUACUGAAUCAUUUGUACGAUUUUUUUAAGCUCGUAACACCUGUUACAAGGCGAAAAUUAAUAUCUCUCUUGCCUAAUUUUUUACAUUCCAAUGCUGAUAGUGGACGUAAUUGGAGGCAGUGUAUUCUUCUAUGUGAUCUCUUUUCUAUGCAUGACGUUAAUGAAUAUUUGGCCGCUAUAGCUUUAACAUUAGCUAAUAAUAGAAUAUCAGAUGUGCGGAAGGAAGCAACUGUACUGUUGGCAAAAAUAUUAGGAAAAUUUGUUAGUGAAGAGUGGACUUCGGAUUGUACUGAUUCUUGCAGAAUUGAUAUGUCAUUUAUUCCAAUCACCUAUUCAUUUAUCACUGACAUUGUGAAGGGAUUUGCUAGAUCAAUGAACUGGCGAAGGAGGCAGACAUUUGCUUUGUUCUGUGAAAAAAGUCUGAAAGAUGAAGUGUUAAACUACGAUCAGUUCUCAUUGUUAUUACUGAAUGAUUUGAUAAGGCUAGCAGGAGAUCCGGUAGCAAAUGUACGCUUGGCAUUCGUACGAUCUCUAUCAAAAGCUCGUGGUCGAUACGCUUUCGGUAGAUCAUGUGAUUCAUCAAUUGUACAACAUAGUCUCGAAAUGUUGCUUUCCGAUAAAGAUCUAGACUGUAGGCGAGCUGCUCGAAUUUCACUUGGAAUUCCGGAUACUGAAAGUGCAGUUAAUGCAGAAGAUUACGCUCAACGGCUCCGUGAAACGAGCGAAAUUCUUUCAGCCAAAUAUCACACCAAUCGACUUAUGUCUUCCGACCAUAAAACAAUCCCGAAAGCAGUCUGA